CCAUAAGGAAAAGAAAGGCAUACCACAUUUAUACGCUACAUGAUUACAGUAAUGGUUGACUGUGGUUGACCAAGUGUAAUGAGGAUGGAGGUUCAUCGGCGUAACUUGUAGAAUUAUAAAGUUUUCUUAAAAAAGGAAGGAAUUAUAAAGAUACUACUAGUCUUUUUUACUUUUCGGAGCAUUACAUAGAAAAAGGAAACAUGGGUCGACGAUCCAUAAAUACCACGAAAAGUGGAAAAUACAUGAAUCCCACAGAUCAAGCCAGAAAAGAGGCAAGGAAGAAGGAAUUAAAGAAAAAUAAGAAGCAGCGUCAGCUAGUAAGAGCUGCUGUACUUAAGGGUAAAGAUCCAGCACAAAUUAUUGAAGAGAUGGAAAAAAUAGAUCAAAUGGAAUAUAAUGUGAUGCAGCCACCACCUUUGAAUGAAAAAGUUCUUAAAGAUAAAAGAAAGAAAUUAAAGGAGACUCUGGACCGUGUCUUAAAAAUGUAUGCUAAAGAUGACCAGGAGAAGUGGUCCGAACUGAAGGAACAACUUGUACAGUAUGAACGAAGAAGAAUUGAUUUAGUUACAUAUUUCGAGGCUGUAAGACAUGCACAGCAAGUACAGGUUGAUGAGAUCCCACUGCCUUCAGCAGUUAAUGAUAUUUCUCGAAUGUAUCCAGGGGCUCUUACAUCACAGAUUCCUUUACCAGAAAUGCCACAACCACCAACUCUUAUGUAUCCACCACAUCCUCAUUAUAUUCAACAUCAUCCUCUGAUGAACAUUCCGAUACCACCAAGCAUUCUGAAGAAAACAAGUGCAUAUACGUCAUCUACUGCAACGCCAACUUUGGCACCAAAUAAGGAACCUCCUGGUGUACCUCCAUAUCCUCCACCUGAUUUUUCAAGUGAAGAUGAAGAACCUACAGAUAAGAGCAAGGAUCAGACACAGAAAUCAAGGACAAUUAGAUUUGCUGACGAUAAGGAAGACGCUCGACAAGAAGCUGAAAACAAAGAUAAGGAGCUAGACAGGGAUAAAGAAAAGGACAGGGACAUUGCCAAAGUGAAACCUACCACCUUACAGCAGAAGAUGCUUGCUAUGGCUGGUCAGGAUAUUGAUCAAUUCAUGCGGGAGAUGGAAGUGGUGCAUAAGAAACGAGAAACUGAACGUGCGCAGGACCUUAAUGCACGAUUAUCCUUGCUGGAAGCUGAAGCCGAUGCAAAAGCUAAUACUGGAAAGAAUAGUAAUAAUGAUACUGGGAAAUCCGAAGAGGAAGAUCUGGAACCUCCUGGUGCAUCAGACCACACAUCCUCUGGACAUAAUCAGCAGCACUCUCAGCACUCUCACCAGCAACAUCCCCAUCAACAGCACUCAAUGCCACCUAUGGGAAUGCCACCACCACCUCUUCUAUACAGACCUCCACCACCUCCAAUGCACCUCCGGAUGCCUCCACCACCACCUCCGAGAAUAGGCCUGCGGUUACCGCCAGGUCCUCCGCCAGGUAUGCCGCGAAUGCUUAGGCCAGGUCCACCUAGCAUACCCAGAAUGCCGCCACCACCUCAAAUGCAAAUUCCGAACAUGACCAGCCUUGCAAACAUGACCAAUCCUCAAAUACAGACACAGUCUACAGCAGGUUCACAGCCAAAGACACCGAAUGUGCUUUCAGCCGCCCCGCAGUUAAUUAAUCGCAAGGAUAAGGAUGGCAAGAGUGCCACCACAAUAGAAGCUAAGCCACAAAUCAGAAAUCUAGCAGCAGACGUGACAAGGUUCCUACCGACGUCGUUAAGAGUGAAACGCGACGAUAGGAAAAAGCUUAGUAGUAUGCCCAGAUUAACAGACAGAAUAGCUGAAAUACAACCUAGACCUACACAACCUAAAACUAAGGAUGAUGCGUACAUGCAGUUCAUGCAAGAGAUGGAGGGUCUUCUUUGAAUCACAAAAAAUAGGAUACAAAAUGUACGAUACCUCUCCACUAUACCAUUAAUUAAAAUCAGAUAAGUUUCUUUAA